CACGACGUGCACACGCUCUACGACACACGCACACAAACAUGGCGGCCUCUGUUUCACCGCUACGCUCCUCCUUCAGGAUUUGUAGCCCGUUAACGUUACACCAUCACUGCUGCCGGGCCAAACUGCGGAUGCACAGAAAAUGCGAGAGUCAAAGGAGACAUCUACAUCAGUCGGCGACGAGUCGUUUCUGUUACCAUGGCCGGACUAACCUCCCAGAAGGCUCUGGGGCAAAAAUUGUUCUUGGGUCCCAUUUCACCCCCAGGCAUGCUGCUGUGGUGAUUUCGGGGACAGAGUUGGCUCGUCAGCUCCACAGAGAAAUCCAGCGUGAUGUGGAAGAGCUUGUAGCUCAGGGCAACAUGAGACCCCACCUAGGAGUGGUCUUAGUGGGGGACGACCCAGCCAGCCGUACAUAUGUUAGGAACAAGACCCGGGCAGCCAGCAUCCUCGGUAUUUCCAGUGACACAGUAGUGCGGCCUAGCUCGGUCUCCCAGGAAGAAUUGCUGGAGCUGAUUGACAAGAUGAACCGCGACUGGAGGGUCAGCGGCCUGUUGGUGCAGCUGCCACUUCCCGAGCACAUCAACGAGCGAGCAGUGUGUAAUGCCAUCGCUCCAGAGAAGGAUGUGGAUGGUUUCCAUAUUGUGAAUAUCGGGAAGCUGUGUUUAGACCAGAGGUCCAUGGUGCCUGCUACACCUGCAGCUGUCUGGGAGAUCAUCAAAAGAGCAGGUAUUGAGACAGUGGGAAAGAAUGUGCUGGUUGCUGGACGCUCCAAAAAUGUUGGAAUGCCUAUUGCAAUGUUGCUGCACACUGAUCGCAACCAUGAACGCCCUGGGGGUGAUGCCACAGUGACCAUCGCCCACAGAUGUACACCGAGGGAACAGCUGAAGGAGCUAACCAGCCUGGCAGACAUCAUUAUUGCAGCUGCAGGUGUUCCCAAGCUGAUCACAGCAGAUAUGAUUAAAGAGGGCGCGGCAGUCAUCGACGUGGGCAUAAAUCGUAUCCUGGACCCGAACACAGGGAAACUCCGGCUCAUUGGUGAUGUGGACUUUGAAGGAGUGAAGGAGAAGGCAGGUGUCAUCACUCCAGUACCCGGAGGCGUGGGUCCAAUGACAGUUGCCAUGCUGAUGAAGAACACUGUGACUGCUGCCAGAAACGCACUGAUGCAUUAAACACAGUCACAGCAGAAAACCAUUCAUUUUAAUGAAUGCUAUAUGGUACAAACAGUAUAUGCAUACAUGUACACAUACAAAGAUACAUCAGUUUACUUAGGUAUACACACACGCACACACACACACACACACACACACACACACACACACACACACACACCACAACAGACUUUGACAAACAUCUAACACACUUUUAUUUAAAACUCCAUGAACUCAAGACUCCAUACCUGCUGGGAAAUUUACUUGAUAUGUAUUUUGUUUAUAUUGUGAAUUUGGUCAUUUAUUUAUUUAAGUUAUUUAUUUCAGAGUUCACUUUUUGAGAAUUUAGAUUCAUAUUUUUUCUACUGAAAUCGUUUGGGUUCAUUUUUGAACAUUCCAGAUUCACUGGAAGAGGAAUAUUAAAUAAAAAACAAUGACAUGCCAAUAUUACAAUCUCACUUUAUUUGUUUCACAUGUUUAAACAGUAGGUUCACAUGUUUUCUUUAGUCUGUCUCUCUAUUCUUUGUUCAUUGUAUUGUCAAGCUGAAGCUAAUAUGUCACUUCACCAGUCUGUGAUAGACAAAAUCAAAUGUGUGUCUUCCAAACGUACAUAGUCGUGGGCCCCAGAGGAUGAAUCCUAAUCACAAUAAUUUGGUUUGUCACCGAAUACAUUCAAAAGUCCAGACAUUCCCAUCAGCCUCAGUUGUACUCUCUCUUUUGUGGUGAUUAGCAAAUGUUAGCUAACACGGUCAAAUAAGCACACAACAUUAGCAUGUUGUAGACUGACGACCUGUCCAGGGUGUACCCUGCCACUCGUCCAGUGUCAGUUUGGAUUGGCUCCAGCUCCCUGGAGACCCUC